AUGAGCACGAGUAACGGAAGAACCGAUGGUACAGAGAAGAAUAGCGCGGUGAAUUCACCGUUUUCUGUUCUCAAGGGUGUGACCCCUGUCAACAGAGAGCCCGUGGCUCAGGUAAGUUCGCGCGUGGCUUCACGCCAGACAACAGAGAAAGAAAGCUCUAGUAGUGGGGAUCCGCUUGUGGAAGAAUAUUUGACAAAGUAUUAUGGAAGCGAUGAAGACGAAGACAUACUUCGAGCAAGCAAACGGACCGAGAAAUUCUGGAAGGCCUUUGCAGCGGAGCGCAAGGAUGGGGACGAGAAGGUUCCAAGCAGGUUCAGGCGGAAGAAACUGCCAAAGUCGGAGAGACGAGCAGUAGCAGGGAGUGGGGUUGCUGAGCUGGCUUCCGCAUCUGCACACCCGGUUGAUUUUUACGAUAUCAGGGGAGAAUACUCUGAUUUUGAAAGCAUCUCCAGGGAUGCGCUACCGUCAAUGCAAUUGGUAGGCUACAAUGUGGUGGGCAGCUGGCCCAAGCUGAAGAAGCCGUUUCAUCCCUCCUACCUCACAGCACACUGCCCUGUGUAUAUUCCCUUGUCUCCCCAGUUCCACAGACGUGCUACCGUUAGUACUAGUGGACGGAUGCAAUGUGGUGGGCAGCUGGCCCAAGCUGAAGAAGCCGUUUCACCCCUUGUACCUCCUCGUGUUGGCCCGCACAUUUUCCCUUGGCCCCCCAGCUCUACAGACGCCUUGCCUCUGGUAUUGGUGGACGGGUACAACGUGGUGGGCAGCUGGCCCAAGCUGAAGAAGCCGUUUCUGCGAGGCAAUACAGAGGAGGCGAGAGAGAGGCUGCUGCUGGAAGUGCUGCCCUACCCCCGAUACGCUGGUGGGUGCUGGUGGUGUUGCCAGGGCUCGGUGUUGCUUGGGGUAGGUGGUACGCUUGUAGGCGACUCAGAGGAGGCGAGAGAGAGGCUGCUGCUGGAAGUGUUGCCAUACCCCCGAUACGCUGGUAGACUCAGGGCAUAA